AUGGCCGCCCGCAGCGCGGAGAAGGAGCCGCCGGAACCGGUGCAGCAGAACGGGCUCCUGUGCGAGCGAGUGCGGAAGGAGCUGCAGUGCCAGCAGCUGCACACGCAGUGCGCCGUGAACCCGCUCCACUGCGUUCACACAGUCACCAAGAAGUUUAUGUCUUGGCAUGAUAAUAUAGACGAGCCGGCAGAUGGUAAACCUCUUUUUCUGAAUCUUAUUCACCAUGCAACACUGGAGCCAACAAAGAAAUAUUCACAGCCACAAAGUGAGAGCCAAGAAAUUGGCUGGAACACACCACCUUUGAUUCACAUGGACCAUAUUGAUUGCAGAUUCUACUUUCCACACCGGACAACUGAUAUCGCUAAAUAA